GCCGGCCGCGUGCAGUCGCCAAGACCUUUAAACUUCAAAUCUUUGACGGUGGGACCCCAAGUAUUCGGAUAUCAAUUGACACACAUCAACCCCAUCUCAUCUCCCCUCACUCACCACCGCAGCGAUGGCUGCCACAGGCACUUUCUUGCAGCGCUGUCACCGGACACUAACCGAGACCUACCGACUCACGCCUCAAUUGACAUCUCAUCUACCCAGGAAACCAUUCCACCCCCACCGCCCUCGCCCCUUAACCACCGCCCCCGCCAGCACGACCCUAAUGACCAGCUUCUCCCAACCCCUCCCAGAGGUCGCGCCGCGUACCCGACUGACCCCGCUCUCGCCAUCCUACUACACAGGCAGCCCAGAGUACUAUGACAAUCUCCUAGCACUGCAAGACCUACUGCGCAGCCACGAAGCCCUGCCAACGAUCCACGGGGACGAAGCGCCGGAGGUGCAAUGGAAGACGAUGGACGAGUACCGUCUCAUAAUCGGCGACAGGGUGAAGCCGUCACGCUACAACAAGGUGAUCCGCAUCCUCGACCGCUUAAACCGCAUCGACCCAGCCAUCAUGCCAGCCGAGACGAAGGCCGCCCUGGCCCUAUACACGCGACCUGAGAACCCGGAGCUGAAGAGGAGAGUGGAGCGCACGGUGGACAAUUUCGGAAGAGCCUACGCUAUCGGUCGGAGGAAGACCGCUAUCGCUAGGGUCUUCCUUGUGGAGGGGGAGGGGCAGGCACUCGUCAAUGGCUUGCCCAUAAUCAAAAAGUUCUCGCGCAUGCAUGAUCGGGAGAGUGUGCUUUGGCCGUUGAUCGUUACGAAUCGGGUGGACAAGUAUAAUGUUUUUGCGGUGGUUAAGGGUGGGGGUAAGACUGGACAGGCCGAGGCCUGCACUUUGGCGAUUGCCAGGGCGCUGAGGAUACAUGAGCCUGCCUUGAAACAUGCGCUUAGGGAGGGUGAGGGCUAUUAUUCGCUUAUUUAUUUUGGAGAGUUGCUGACUUUUCUUUCUUUCUUUCUUUCUCAUCGGGGAAUAGCUGGGUGCGUUACUGUCGAUCACAGACAGGUCGAGAGGAAGAAGCCGGGUCACCUAAAGGCAAGGAAAAUGCCUACCUGGGUCAAGCGUUAA